AAAAAAACCAGUGUCUUACUUAUACUCUUUAAUGAUAGUCGUUUGUUUCUGACAAGCAGCAUCUUCCUCUUCUUCCUGUAGACUUCUGUUGUCGUUUUGGGGUCUCCUGGUGGCCGAGGUUUCUGGAGUUGCAGCUCUCACAAUCUCUGUGUGUUCGUUCUGAGACAAGUACAUCCAUGUCUUUUUCGCACCUCAGCACUCUUAAAUGUUCCACCUUUUCCUUAUCAUCAGAAAAAAUUUAUGGAAAUCAUAUCUUGCCACAAGCAGCUUCAACAAUCCCGACAUUAAAUGGGGAAGCAGAGGGCAAUACUGCUGGUUUGAAUUUUGAGGGUACUAAACUGAGAAUAAAGAAGAUGUUCAACAAGGUUGAUCUCACUGUUUCCUCAUAUGACACUGCUUGGGUGGCAAUGGUCCCUUCUCCAAAUUCCCUGACGGACCCUUUUUUCCCUGAAUGCGUAAACUGGCUAUUGGGAAAUCAACUCCAUGAUGGUUCAUGGGGUCCUCCAAAUUUGCAUCCCUUGUUGAUGAAAGAUGCUCUCUUGUCCACCAUAGCAUGUAUCCUUGCACUAAAACGGUGGAGUGUGGGCGAAGAACAAAUUAACAAGGGGCUACAUUUUAUCAAAUCAAAUUUGGCUUCAGCUAAUGAUGAAGAGCUACAUUCUCCUGUUGGAUUUAAUAUAAUGUUUCCUGCGAUGAUUGAAUCUGCCAUGAAGUUGGAUAUGAAUCUUCCCCUGGGAGCACCAACUCUAGAUGCUUUGUUUCACAGGAGAGAACGUGAGCUUAAAAGCGGUUAUGGAAGCAACUCAGAGGGGUGGAGAGCCUUCUUAGCAUAUAUUUCAGAAGGAUUUGGAAAAUCGCAGGAUUGGGAGUUGGUCAUGAAGUAUCAAAGGAAGAAUGGGUCCUUGUUUAAUUCACCGUCAACCACAGCUGCUGCUUUUACUCACCUUAAAAAUGCUGAUUGUCUUAAGUACCUCCGCACACUCUUAGAAAAGUUUGGAAAUGCAGUUCCAACGGUUUAUCCUCUAGAGAACUAUGCCCGUCUUUCUAUGGUUGCCAGUCUUGAAAGUUUGGGUAUUGAUCGACAUUUCAGGGAGGAAAUAAGAAGUGUACUGGACGAAACAUACAGAUGCUGGCUGCACGGUGAUGAAGAUAUAUUUUCUGAUGCUGCCACCUGUGCAAUGGCAUUUCGGCUCUUACGUGUUAAUGGAUAUGAUGUUUCUGCAGAUCCAUUAAGUCAAUUUUCAGAAGAUUGUUUCUUUAAUUCCCUUGGAGGAUAUUUGAAGGACAUUGGUGCUGCCUUAGAAUUGUUGAGGGCUUCAGAAUUCAUCAUACAUCCAGAUGAAUCAGUUAUGGAGAAACAAAAUUACUGGACAAGCCAUUUUCUGAAACAUGAGUUAUCAAAUACUUUAGUUCAGGGUCAUAUAUUCAAUAAGCACAUUGUCCUAGAGGUGGAAGAUGUUCUUAAAUUUCCUUCCUAUGCAAAUUUGGGUCGGUUGUCAACCAGGAGGGCUAUAAAAUAUUACAACACAGAUAGUACAAGGAUUUUAAAAUCUUCUUACCGUUGUUUGAAUAUUGGCAAUGAAGAUUUCCUAAAAUUGGCAGUGGAUGACUUCAAUAUUUGCCAAUCUAUACACCGUGAAGAACUCAACCAUCUUGCAAGGUGGAUUGGGGAGAACAGAUUAGACAAGCUAAAUUUUGCUAGGCAGAAGCUGGCAUACUGCUACUUCUCUGCUGCUGCAACCCUUUUUGCUCCUGAACUAUCAGAUGCCCGCAUAUCAUGGGCCAAAAAUGGAGUGCUUACAACUGUGGUUGAUGAUUUCUUUGACAUUGGAGGUUCUGAAGAGGAACUGGUAAACCUCAUACAAUUGGUCGAGAAGUGGGAUGUGAAUGUGAGUGUUGAUUGUUGUUCCGAGCAUGUUGAAAUUAUAUUUUCAGCACUUAAGAACACAAUUAAUGAGAUUGGAGUCAAGGCAUUCAAGUGGCAAGGACGCAGUGUGACAAGUCACGUAAUUGAGAUUUGGUUAGAUUUGCUCAAGUCUAUGUCGAAGGAGGCUGAGUGGUUGAGAAACAAGUCGGUGCCAACAAUGGAUGAAUAUAUGACAAAUGCAUAUGUAUCAUUUGCGUUGGGACCAAUUGUUCUCCCAGCUCUCUAUUUGGUGGGGCCUAAGCUUUCAGAGGAGGUUGUCAGAAAUUCCGAAUUUUAUAAUCUGUAUAGACUUAUGAGCACUUCUGGGCGUCUCCUCAAUGAUAUCCAAGGCUUUAAGAGGGAAUCUGCGGAAGGGAAGCUAAAUGCUUUAACGUUGGCCAUGAUUCAUGGCAACAGGGUCGUCACUGAGGAGGAGACUAUCAAUGAGAUGAAGAGUGUUAUAAUGAGUAAGAGGAGAGAAUUGCUAAGACUAGUUUUGCUAGAGAAGGGUAGCGUAGUACCAAGAGCUUGCAAGGAUUUGUUUUGGAAUAUGAGCAAAGUGCUGCAUCUAUUUUAUGCAAAGAAUGAUGGAUUCACUGCACAUGAUAUGAUGAAGACUGUUAUGGCAGUAACUGAAAAACCCAUCGUUGCCGAUGAAUUUUGUAACCAAUUUCAUGUGUAGUAGAUUUCUCCAUACAAAAAAAUUGUUCUUUACCAGUCAGUAAACCAAAUAGGGAUGAUAUAUGGUGCUUAUGGAAAUAUGGAUGUGGUUGAUCAAGUUUG